CCAGAUUCCAGACGCAAAUCAAGCAAACCCCAGCCCGGAGACUUGGAAUACGAGCGGGACCCAGGUAGAAUACCAGCUAAACGCUGUCAUCGCCGCCACCGACUUUGAUCAUUAUGCUCGGGAACUAGGCCUCAUGUCCCCUUCGUCGUUCUGGCCUGCGGAUUUCCACAAUACCCGAAACGCGAAUGAGGAUGGUCCGAUCGACCCUCUCAUAUCUGAUCACCCCAUCCCCAGCGCUCUCAGUCUCCCAACCCUGGAGCCUGGGUGGCAUGAUCCUUCCUGCCUUGGGCUCACAGACAGAUAUCUCGUUGGGGGCGCAGCCGCAUAUCGAUCAAGCCCUGCCACUCCCAGGACUACUGCUGCUCAAGGGCACCUUCAAUACUAAGUUCUUAGGACUGAGCUCUGUCGGGACCACCAUCUCAACCUGCCUCAAGUAUUCCGCGAGCGAGAGUGCGUCAGUUCUAGAGGCGAAAAGUAUUGAUCAUCUUGUACAGGGAAUUCGCCACUUGGAUGAGUUCACCAUGUCCGAACCUGUCUCUGCCAAUGUAGACCGGCUGCCUUCAAUGGAUAUCGCCGAUAAAGGCAUUACUGCCUACAUAGAGAACGUGCACCUGCGGUAUGCGAUCGUGGGGAUGCAACAUUUGGAGAUUUGGCGUGAUACCUACAGCGAUAAAACCUUGAUGAAAGAUCCGGUCACAUUCUCCCGGCUCUGUCUUCUAACCACGAUAGGCCUUCUAAGCAUGCCGCACAAACAGGGAUGCGAUUCAACUUCACCUUGGGCCAAGGAAAUUCAUUCCAUCUACGAAGGCGCAUGGUCUCUCCUGACGGCGGUGCUCGCCUCUCCGUAUAUCGAUGCCGUUGAACUUCUUCUUCUGCACACGCUUCACCUUCUAUAUUCCGGCAAAUUAGGGAUAGUAUGGGUAAACUGCGGCCUGGUCAUUCGGGUGGCACAAUCGCUUGGUCUGCAUCGGAAUUCCCCAAUACAACUCGGCCUGAGCGAGGAACAGAUACAAAGGCGAGCUAGGUUAUGGGAAGUCUCAUAUGCACUGGACGCGUUCCUUUCACUCUCCGAGGGUAGGCCUCCCGCAAUUACUGAGCAACACGCGGAUGGAGUGUUGCUGUCACUUUCCCUCGGGCCUGGAACGUUCCCAGUAAAGAGGCCAGUAGGGACUAUCCAUACAUGGCAUGUGCACCUAGCCAUUAUAGCCAAUCGGCUUUCCCCAUUACUAAACCGCGUUGAAGCGGGUUCGUGGUUACUGGAAUAUCUCUCUAUGCUCGAUCGCGAUCUUAUCAAAUGGCGUGAUGCCAUCCCAAUAGAGUGCCGGCCAGAGGAGGAAAAUCUGGCGAAAGCUGAACUCUACACCGCGGUAUCAUGGCUUCACCUUCAAUACUUCAACCUGAUGCGAACAAUACAUUGGGUGUCAUUCGUGAUCUCAGCGCAGUAUACAAACCAAAGCUCAAUUUUGGGCCAAUACGGGCCUCGAAUCCGUUCAAGCGAAACUAUCUGCCUCACCGCCGCGCGCUCCCUGGUCGUGACCCUGAACAAUGCAAUAAGCGCACCGGGAUACAUCGGGCGCUUUACGGGGAUACCUAUUUCUUACUGCAUGGCCGCUAUCUCUGUGAUCUUUCGCAAGAUCCAUAAACAGCUGGAUAUCGUCUCUGCGCGAACGAAUCUUGAAUUCCUGCGGGCCGGCACGUUACAUAUCCUCCAAUCCUUGACCGCUGCGGGUUCUGUGGAGCAUGUGAGGGCGUUGUUUGCGGACCUCCAGCGGGUGGCUGAGAACGCUAUUAAUCGGGUUUCAGCGGCUACAGCCUAACUUCAUAUACCUACGUUUUGUGGGCAUAUCUUUGCCCCUCCUAAUUCUGUACAAUUAGUAUGAGUGAACGAGGUGUGCAUCUUUUCACACCACCAUCUUCCUGCUUGCAGG